AAACCCAACGAAAAAAAUGCCCACCAACGUCUGCAGCUCUCUCAAAUUGAAAGAGAAAAAAAAGGCUUGAACGACUUAAACUUAUGAGUCAUCUGUUUCUGAUUUUUUUGCACUCAGCUUUAGCUUUCAAUGUUGCUUUGGGAGGAGGCAGUGAGGUUGCAGGCGAAUCGCGGGAUAGAGCAAACCCAUUCACACCCAAAGCGGCUUUGGUUCGAUAUUGGAAUAAGCAGAUCGGCAGUGACUUGCAAAAGUCCACCUUCCUUCUCUCCAGGGCAUCCCCAUUGAGUGCAGUUGAGUCUGCAACUUUUACUAAACUUGCCGCUCAGAAUGCCCUUUCCAACUACCUGCCGGCGUUCUGUAAGUCGGCGAAUUUAUUCUGCUUUCCUGAUUUGGGGCAGAGUUUGGAGAAGCAUGGACCCAAUUCCAACUUCGCCGUCUACUCCAACAAGAACUUCACCAAUUACGGAAUUGGUGGACACGGAGGAACCGACUCUUUCAAGAACUACACCGACGACUUUCCGGUCGACUCAUUCAGGAGGUACAGCCGUGAUUCUGCCGGCCACAACGACAAUUUCGAUAAUUAUGGUCCCGAGGGCAAUACAAUGGAUCUGAGUUUCAACGGUUAUGGAUCCGGAGCGACCCGCGGUGUCGGAGAGUUCAAGAAGUACAGCGAAGAAUCCAAUGUUCCCAACGUCCGAUUCAACUCCUACAGUUCCGAUGGCAAUACCCGUAAACAAUCGUUCAGGAGUUACUCGACAGAGAGCAAUGCUGGGGAUCAGUACUUCACCAGCUACGGCAAAAACAGCCAGGGAUCUCCGAACGAGUUCACGAGUUAUGGAGAGAACACCAACGUAAUCGGAUCCACAUUCACCGGCUAUGGUCGAACUGCCAACGCGGCCAACGAUAAGUUCACCUCUUACGGCUUCGACGGUAACGUACCAGUGAACAACUUCAAGAGCUACGGUGAUGGCGGUAAUUCAGGGAUCGACACCUUUAAAAGUUACAGAAAUCAAUCCAACGUAGGAGACGACUCUUUCCGAUCCUACGCCAAGAAUUCCCACUCCGCGGAGGUGAAUUUCGCUAAUUAUGGACAAUCAUUCAACGAAGGCACGGACACUUUCACUGGGUAUGGCAAAGGGGCGACGGGCCACAAAAUUGGGUUCAAGUUCUACGGCGUCAACAACACAUUCACAGACUACGCUAAAAAGGGCAUCUCCUUUUCAAGAUACACUAACAAAAGCUCUGAAACCAUGAUUUCCACGGCUGUUAAUGGCAGUUCCGUAAAUAGGUGGAUCGAGCCGGGUAAAUUCUUCCGCGAGUCGAUGCUGAAGAAGGGGACUGUGAUGCCAAUGCCUGACAUUAGGGAUAAAAUGCCCAAAAGGUCGUUUUUGCCCCGCAGUAUUUCCUCCAAAUUACCGUUUUCAACCUCCAAACUUGAGGAGAUGAAGAAAAUAUUCCGUGCCGCGGAUAACUCAAGCAUGGAGCACAUGUUCACAGAGGCAUUGGAUGAUUGCGAGAGAGCACCCAGCAAAGGCGAGACCAAGCGCUGCGUCCCCUCCAUCGAGGACAUGAUCGACUUCGCCACCACCGUCCUCGGCCGCAACGUUGUGGUUCGCACCACCCAAUCCGUCGAAGGGUCAAAACAAAACGUAAUGAUCGGGUCGGUCAAAGGGAUCAACGGUGGACAAGUCACCAAAUCGGUGUCCUGCCACCAGAGCCUGUUUCCUUAUCUACUCUAUUACUGCCACUCCGUUCCCAAGGUUCGGGUCUAUGAAGCGGACCUCCUGGACCCGAAAACCAAAGCCAACAUUAACCAAGGUGUUGCCAUCUGUCACUUGGACACCUCCGAUUGGAGCGCAGGUCAUGGUGCAUUCGUAGCAUUGGGUUCGGGCCCUGGCCGGAUUGAAGUUUGUCACUGGAUCUUCGAGAAUGAUAUGACCUGGACCAUUGUAGACUGAUUCAUGACCCACCUUGUAAGCUCAGUUCGAACCACUUGGUCAACCAAGCUGGCGCGACCCCGACAUCUGCUUGUUCGUUUCCUUCAUAACGAGUCAUGGUGAAAUAUUUCAAGGCAUUUGCUUCAUCUAUCUAAGGAUGGUAAUUUAUCUCA